UCCAACCUGCAGCCGCCCUACCAGCAGCGGCGCUCCCUCUAGCCAUCGAAUGGCAGGCAGAAGAACCACCUGUGGCAGCCCAACCUCCAGAAAUGGAAGAAAUGUCUUCAUCCGAUUCGGAGACUUCUGUGAAUUUGGGACCCAGGUCGGCACCUCAGCGACCAUUCGCAGCAGCCGACGAGUCGGCUGCUGUUAUACCAGCUGUCUGCCCAACUCGACCGACCUCAUUGCUGCCCCCCUCACUGACAGCAGUCCGCCCAGAGGGGCCUUCGGACUUAGCUGUCCUAUCGACUGUUCCGGUUCCAGCGGAGGCCCAGACUGUGUUCACUGAGGCCAUUAACCGUCCCCUGUCCGAAUUAAGGUCCGACUUAUUGGACAAGCUCAUUCAGACGGUUGGUGGCCUUCUUUAUUACACUCCAACGGAAUCACCAGCCGUCCCCAUUCUGCAUCGGCUGAUGGAAAGACUUACAGAGCUCAAGACUGAAGUAUUAGUCAUUGGAUUCCUUACACCAAGAAUGAAGCUGAAUUGGAUCAAGAGCUGA